UGCUUUGUUCUGGGUAUGCAGCAGCUUAGGCGCAUGCUGUCUGAGGGGAAUACUGAUCAGUCUGCCGUUACAGCACAGACCCAGACCACUGCGAGGAUGGGGGAGGAGACAAUGGUAAUGGAGGGAAAUUUCCCAAAGGAUCACAGUCAUAACCUGCCUGCCCAGGACAUCAGUCUGGUGAAGGGCCAAAAGAAGAGCCAGUUGCUGCUAGACCGUGGCCAGUGGGCCAACAAGCUAGAGUUCCUCUUGGCCGUGGCAGGCACCUUGGUGGGGCUGGGGAACUUGUGGAGGUUCCCAUAUCUGUGUUACAAAAAUGGAGGAGGUGCAUUCCUGAUUCCCUAUGUUCUGUUCCUGCUCUCCUGUGGGAUCCCCAUGUUCCUCCUGGAGACAGCCAUGGGACAGUACACCUCGCAGGGCUGCAUCACCUGCUGGAGACACUUCUGCCCUCUCUUUGAAGGGAUUGGUUAUGCCACCCAGGUGGUCAUUGCAUAUGCUGCAGUGUCAUACAUCAUCAUCCAGGCCUGGGCCUUCUUCUACUUGUUCUCCUCCUUCAGUGCCGAGGUACCAUGGGCCAGCUGCAGAAACCCCUGGAAUACAGAAUCUUGUGUAGAAUUUGACAAGAGGAAUCUGUCAGCUAACUGGACAGUCCCUGUGAAUGCAACUUCACCUGCGACAGAGUUCUGGGAGCGCAGGGUGUUGAGCAUCUCAACAGGGAUAGAACAGAUUGGUAGACUGCGGUGGGAGCUGGCUCUGUGUCUGCUGCUGGCCUGGAUCCUCUGCUACUUCUGUGUCUGGAAAGGAGUGAAGUCUACUGGGAAGGUGGUGUAUUUCACAGCUACCUUUCCCUAUCUGAUGUUGAUCGUUCUAUUGGCUCGGGGACUCACGUUACCUGGAGCUAUUGAUGGGAUCAAGUUCUACCUCUACCCGGACCCUGCAAGACUGGUCGACCCACAGGUAUGGAUGGAUGCUGGAGCACAGGUGCUUUUCUCCUUUGGUAUCUGUCAAGGGAGUCUGACUGCACUGGGCAGCUACAAUCAUUAUAACAAUGAUUGCUAUAAGGACACGUUUGUGCUGUGUUUGGUGAAUGGAGGAUCAAGCUUCGUUGCUGGGUUUGCUAUCUUCUCUGUGUUGGGCUUCAUGUCAUAUGAACAGGGGCUGCCCAUAUCUGAAGUUGCAGCAUCUGGUCCUGGCCUGGCUUUCAUAGCCUAUCCUCGUGCCGUGGCCAUGAUGCCUUUACCUCAGUUGUGGUCCAUAUGUUUCUUCGUCAUGGUCAUCUUGCUGGGCGCUGACACACAGUUUGUCAGUCUGGAGUGCCUGAUGACCUCUGUGACAGACAUGUUCCCCACCGUGUUUCGAAGGGGGUACCGUCGAGAGCUGCUGCUGCUUUGUCUCUGCUCUGUCUGCUUCUUCCUGGGACUCCUUCUGGUCACAGAGGGAGGCUUAUAUUUUCUACAACUUUUUGACCAUUACGUGUGCAGUGGCAACAAUCUCCUUCUGCUCUCCGUCUGCCAGUCAAUAGCAAUCGGUUGGAUUUAUGGAGUGGAUCGUCUCUAUGACAACAUAGAAGAUAUGAUUGGGUAUCGUCCCUGGCCAGUGAUUAAGUACUGUUGGCUUUACGUCACCCCUACAGUCUGUUUGGGUACAUUCAUCUUUUCCUUGGUACAAUAUAAGCCCCUAAAGUUCAACAAAACCUAUUUGUACCCUGACUGGGCAUAUGCAUUGGGGUGGUUCCUGGGGCUCGCCUGUGUGGCUCUGGUGCCUCUGUGGAUGAUCUGGAAGGUCUAUCGGUCCAAAUUGACAGUCUGGCAGAGCCUAAAACAGCUAUGUCGCCCAGAAACCAACAAGGCCCUCAACCAGAAGCAGCAAACUCCUGAACAGUGCCCUCUGAACCCAGAUUCCAUUCUUAAUCUUGAGUACAAGGGAAGUGGUGUAGUUGAGCUAGAGAUGCACACAUGACAUCUUGCUAAUUUGAAAACAUGAUACAUAGUACUUUUGAUAUGAUAUUUUCAGUGCCCAAUUAAACAGUCCAUACAUAAGUAUUGUAUAUUUGAGGAAUAUAUGCAAAUAAAAAAUUGUAUUCA